CGUUCACCCCCUCCUCGCCCCUGCCAGGGCGGCCGCGCGGGCGCCAUGCGCCCGAGCGCGCCGCCGCACUGAAGCACAUCCGCCCAGCGCUGGCCGCCGCCGCCGCCGCGAACCUCUGCGCGCGGCCGCGGCCGCCGCCGGCCGCUCCGGGCCCUUCCGGUGAGGCCGAUUCCCCGUUGGAGGCCCUUCGGCCCGGCGGGCGCGCGCGGGCGCGCAUCAAGCGGAGGUCACCGAGCCGCCCCAUGGCGCCACCGCCGCGGCGGCCCGGCCGCGGGCGGCCGGCGCGCGCGGCGCUGAUGCUGGCCAGCGCCUCCCUGCCAGCGUGCGCGGGCGCGGUUCGCCAACGGGCGGCCGCCGCUGGCAGCACGGUCGUCGGCGCGGCGGGGCGGCAGUUGAGGGCCGGCCAGCCCGAGGAGGGCGCGGCCUCGUCCGUGGCCGACCUCCUGGGGGUGCUCGGAGGCUUCCGGGCCUUCGCGCUGGGCGGCGAGGCGCGGGCCACGGAGCGCAGCGCCGCGGAGGAGGAGCGGCUGCGGGCGGCCGGGCAGCUGGCGCAGGACCCGGGCGUGAAGGCUGCGCUGGAGCAGAGCGCGGCAAGUGCCCGCCAGUCGGCGGCGGAGACGCGUGCGGGCUACGUCGGCCUGGGCCGGGAGCGCAGCUGCAGGGCGCCGCCGGGGUUCUUGCCGCGCGCGCUGCUGCGGCAGGAUCACGCCGGGGGGACCACGCGUGUGGGGGACCUCGAGCUGGCCGUGUUCCAGGGGGACAGGAUAGCCGUGGUGUUCCGCGACCUAUCCCAGGAGGACACUGGGCGGGUCAUCGUCGGCAAGGUCCACAACUCCGGCACCGUCGACGUGUCGGCUCCCGUCCAGUUCACCUCGCCCGCGGGCCGGGCGUUCGGCCCCGUGGUCGCCGGCACGGAGGACGGGCGCAUCCUGAUCGCCUGGCGCGACGAGAACAGGAUGGCUACGUGCUGGAUGCGGGGCGCGGCCUUGGGCGCCGAGGGCCUGCCGGGGGGCUUUGCGCUGAGGUGGGGCGCGGCCACGGACUUCUGCGGGGGCCAGGCGCACAAGAUGGCGGCGCUGCACGUCUCGGGCGGCAAGGUUGCCCUCCUCUACUCCGACAAGGUCGCCGCCACCCGCUUCAGCCACGCGGAGUCCUUCGGGAGCGCGCUCCUGGCGGAGGUCGGCCCAGCAGGCGACGUGCAGGUCCUGGGCACCUACCGCUUCGCCAACUUCCCGGUGUGCCGCCUCGAGGCGGCGAGGAUCUCCCCGACGUCCUUCGUCGUGGGGGCCCGCGCCGCCGCCGCGAGAGACGCCGACGCCUCCGCCGGCGCGGAGCCCCGCGAGCGAGGGGCCCUCGCGGUGUACGGGGAGCUCAUCCUGGAGAACGACCUCGUCUUCGACACCAGCCCGCUGAGCAUCGUGCCCGACGAGGGCCAGAUUUGGGCGCGAGGGGUCUCGCUGAUCGCACCCAACACCUUCGCGUACGCCUAUCAGCAGGGCGACGAGAGCCAGAUUCGGAUGGCCGUGGCCGAGGUGGACCCGCUGUCGCACGCCAUGAGGCUGGUCCAGAGCCCCGUGGUCAUCCGCCACGGCUUCUCGCCGUACGUGUCCAUGCUGUCGGUGCCGUACUCGGCCUCGGACCCGCACGCGCUGCUGUAUUACGGGAGCGGCAAUUCCAGCAAGGUGACGCUGUGCUCGUGGUCCGUCUCCGAGAAGCGCAUUCACAGCUGUGAGGAGUUCGAGUGGCUGAGCAACCCGGUGUCCAGCGUCGCUGGCGCCCACCUCGGCCGCGGGCAGUCGCUGAUGGUGUUCGCGACAGGCUCUGGCACGCCGUACUAUGCGGUAUUCGGUCUCGCCAAGAAGUGA